AUGCUGAUUUUGAAAAUUCAGCAGGUAAGAGUGUCGUAAUGCUCCCUACUUGUUUCCCGUCUGUAUGCAAAAUCUAUAAUUUGACUCUUCAGACAACGCGACCGUCGACCUCAAAUUCCUGGACGGCACGGUGAAGGCCGCUACUGGCUACGACACCCUCAGAAUUGGACCUCAUUAUCGGCCCGGGCUCACCGCCAACAACAUUCGAUUCGGACGUGUGAAGGACUUCAAGACUACAAACUUCUCAACUACGAUGGAGUUUUUGGGCUUGGUUUCGGCGAAGUGAACGGACUCUCCUCUCCCAUCAAACAACUGGCUCAUCAUGGAGUCAUUCCUUCGGCUCUCCUCACCGCCUACAUUUACAACCAAGGUCAUAACAACACUGUUGAUGGUGUUCUCACGAUUGGCGAGGUUGACAAAAGACGCUGUGGAGCUGUUGAGGGCUUUGCCGAGACCGUCCGUGCCGCCGAUGCAUGGGUGUUCAGCUCUCCGUCCUUCAACAUCAGCACCACUAAUGGGACAAGCAACGGAAGUUGGUUGGGAGUUCUCGACUUCAACACGGAUUAUUUCCAAGUUCCUCGGGCUGCUGUCAAACUCAUUCAAAAUAAACUGAGUGGCUCCAUUGACGAGGACGGCCGUAUCAUCUAUCACUGCUUUAAGUAUGCCGAACUCUUCUUCAACAUUGGCGGCCAACCGUUGGCAUUAGACACUCCGAUGUUCUCCGAACCUUAUCGUGGACAAAUGUGUAGACUCAAAAUUAAAGAAACAGAUCCCUCAGACAAGUACGCCUUCCGUUUUGGUUGGUUAAUCUUGCACAGACAUUGCAUGGUUCUUGAUUACAACGGCAGGCUUGCAUUCACUCCUAAGACUGUCUGA